CCUCUCUCAAAUCGAUCACCCUUACGGUCCUCAUCUUUACAGCUCCACUCUCUCUAUCGGUAUAACCUCCGACUCCCGCAGGACCAGCACCGCACGCACACUUACGUCGUUUUGUCGGUUUUGCAAAUUUUUAUUUGUUUCUCGGUUUCUACAGUGCUUGGUUCUUCUCAGGAAACUAAUUAAGAUAUAUUCCACACACACACACACACAAUUGUGUGUUUACUGAUCAGUUCUUAGCCACAAUUAGCUCAAUCCAGAGUAAGGAAACCAUAUCAAGAUGACAACGAUACGUCGAUUCUGCUGCAAUGAUCUUCUUCGGUUCUCCUCUGUAAAUUUUGACCAUCUCACUGAAACUUUCAACAUGUCCUUCUAUAUGACGUAUUUGGCGAGAUGGCCAGACUAUUUUCAUGUUGCUGAAGGCCCUGGUAACAAAAUCAUGGGUUACAUUAUGGGUAAAGUAGAAGGACAAGGGGAGUCCUGGCAUGGACAUGUCACCGCAGUUACAGUGGCUACUGAAUACCGCAGGCAGCAAUUAGCUAAAAAACUCAUGAACCUCCUCGAAGACAUCAGUGAUAAAAUUGAUAAGGCAUACUUUGUGGAUCUGUUUGUUAGAGCAUCAAAUACACCAGCUAUAAAGAUGUAUGAGAAGCUUGGUUAUGUAAUAUAUAGACGAGUGCUACGCUAUUACUCGGGAGAGGAAGAUGGCUUAGACAUGAGGAAAGCUUUAUCACGAGACGUUGAAAAGAAGUCUAUUAUUCCACUCAAACGGCCAGUGACUCCUGAUGAACUGGAAUAUGAUUAGAUGUGCUUGCAAUGGAAAGCUGAAUAAGAUGACGAUGCUUGUGAUUCUCAGAUGAAAGAUUAAGCACCUUGUAUCCAUUGCUGGCCUUAAUACGAAAUGAGAGUUCUCAAUUGUAAUUUUAAUCAUUACUUUGCGUUGAGCAUUAGAAUAUCAAAAGAGAAGGCGAGUAUCUUGUGCCUUCAUCUUGAUGAGUGCCUUCUUGCUUUUCUUGCUGCAUGCUGAUGCUAUCAUCAGUUUCCUUUCCAAAAGCUUUGAACGCCAUUCUUACGAUAUUAUUGAUUUUUCUAUCUUUUGAACGUUGAAUGGAGAGUAGAUUAUGUUAAUGUUCAUUAA